AAGAUGAAAUUCAAAAAGUGCGGGGCUAACUUCACACACGUUCCGGAAUCGCUUUCGGCGCGGCCGCUGGAUUGUCCUCGUCGGUAAAGUAGGAGCAUCGCAUCACCGUGUUCCGCUCGCGGUCGCGGGGCGGCAGGGGAGGGCGCCAGCGGGAGGAAGGAGUGGGGGGGAGAUUAUCUCGCGGUCAACUCGCGCGGUCAUCUUCACUCGUGUUGUGGCGCCGAGCAAGUGUGCACGGUCGUUCCUGAUUCCAUCCCGGUCAGUGCCGGCGCAAGUGGUGGGUGUGUACGUGGGAUCUUCUCGUUCUCGGUCGAGGCUAGUGCGGCACGCUCAGAGGAAGGAACGGCCCUCGAGUUACCUUCGCCGUAGGCACCAGUCAUGGGCGGAUAUGCAUGGGUUACAUUGGCUACGAACGAUGCCUACUCCUUGGGUGCACUGGUCCUGGCGCAUUCUCUACGCCGGGUCGGCACCAAGUACGAGCUGGCGUGUCUGGUCACUCCCGGAGUCACGGCAGUAAUGAGAGAAAAACUGGCGGCAGUAUUUUCGUUCGUACAGGAAGUUAACGUCCUCGAUUCCAAGGAUGAGGCGAACCUGGCCCUGUUGGCCAGACCCGAACUGGGCAUCACCUUUACCAAGUUGCAUUGUUGGCGGUUGACGCAGUACGAGAAAUGCGUAUUCGUUGACGCGGACACUCUUGUCGUGCGAAAUUGCGAUGAGUUAUUCGAGCGCGAGGAACUGUCUGCCGCGCCCGAUGUCGGCUGGCCUGACUGCUUUAAUUCCGGCGUAUUCGUAUUCAGACCAUCUCAACAAACGUUCGCAUCAAUCACCGCUUUCGCAGCCGCUAAGGGCUCGUUCGAUGGCGGCGAUCAGGGUUUGUUGAACAUGUACUUCAGCGACUGGGCCACUAAAGACAUCUCCAAGCAUCUACCGUUCAUUUACAACAUGUGCUCCACCGCGACGUACUCUUAUCUUCCUGCGUUUAAACAAUUCGGCGAGGACGUGCGAAUAAUACACUUCAUCGGCGUAACGAAACCGUGGUUACAGUAUUUCGAUACGUUAACCGGUAUCGUCCAACCACCGCCGGGAUCCGCGCAUUUACAACCGUUGUUGCAGCUGUGGUGGAACAUAUUCUGCGAGCACGUGCAUCCUCAGCUGUCGACUUCCAUGGCCACCAGCACAUUGGCUCCAAUUUGGCACGAAUUUACUCCCCCACCCUUCCGAUCCGUUCCCAAGAACUCCAUUUACUCCGACGAGACGAUUCGCGGUUCGUACGACGUUUUCUCGCAAAUACCGGAUUUCUCCGACUUUAAAGACCCUUGGGAGAACUAUUGCCCGCAGAACGAUUCGUUUCUGAUCGGUAACGUCGCGUCGGAUGACAAGAGCGGAAAUUGUUAUUGCGGAGCCGGACGCGAGCCGGAAUUGAGCCUCUCUUCCCAACACGAUCAGCAAUUUUAUUACUCGCAAUCGUACAGCGAGCAGCAUUCUUCGUUUGCACCCGCGCAAAAUCACAGCCAGCAACAAUAUGUUAUGCAUAACGACUACAAUCAACAGACAACUUCCUAUUCCGGAGAGAACCAUAGUUACGGACAUUCCGUACAGCACACUCAACAUCAUCACUGGCAGCAACAAGGUAGUGAACAGAGACAUCACGACGAGCAGCACGAACACAAGCAUAAUGAACAGAUACAUCAACCCCAGCACGAACAGAGACAUCAUCAUGAACAACAUGAUCAUUAUAACGAGCAGAGGCAAGAUCAGCACUUCGGGCAAGUCCAGCACCAUGAUUAUCACAGGGGCGAAGCGAACCAUCAGCGCCAAUCGGCUCGCGAGCAUUAUACCGAGUCUCAUUCGCAACCUCCCGAAGUGAGGCACGAGGAUCACGCGCGGCACCAUGCUAAUGAUAACCGAGCUAGUCAUCAAAGCGCAAACUAUCCGCAUCACGCCAUUUCGCAAAGUAGUCACGUUAAGAGCGGUGAGCAAACGUUGGGAGCCGCGAAUACGGACACGCGAAUACGGAGAAUCGACUCCCUGUUUCCUACUCCCGCACCCUGUACAGAUCUCCACAAUGUAGCCACGCGAUCCGACCCGAACGUAACGGAACAUCUAGACAGUGCAAAUGCCGGUAUCGCUGGUGCCUUGGCUCAAAUAACGCUGGGCGAAGCGAGGAGCGCCGCGCAGGUAGCCCUGGAGGAGCACCUGAGGAAGCAGAGCUGGGAGCAGGGACAGAUCGACUACAUGGGUCGCGACAGCUUCGACAAUAUAUGGAAGAAGAUCUGCGAGACGCUUUCCCUUGCACCGCAACGUCAGCCAACGCCGCCCAAAGAGGAGGAUACCGCUACAUCCAAGGAAAGCACUGCUCUUGCUGAAUCUGCUCCAGCUGAAUCUGCGCCUGCAGACGUUGAAGUGACUAAACCAGCCGUUGAGGCGGAUAAGGACCCAACGCAGCCUUUAAUUUGCCAACUUCCUGAGGAGAAGCUUCCAGCAGCGCAAAUCACCGAGCAAAAAGCUUCCGAGGAAAGUAUCGCGUCACAAGAAGCCACCGCUAAAGUAUCCAGCGAAUUGUCACAACCGGCGACGGGAGAUGUUUGUGCGAGACCAACAACAGAGUCCAAGAGCACAGAAUUGCUCGAGGCGGGCACCGUAUCUGCGGAAACGAUCGCGGAGCAGUACAAGCUUCCAAGCCUUGCAGUACUACCGGAAGCAGCGCCUCAAGACAAAAGUCUUCCUCUCGAAAGCAAAGGAACGGAUCUGCAAGCGUCCACGUGCCCUCCUUCGGCAGAUGCAGUCUGCAAACCGGCCGUGCAGGAGACAGUUAUGGCUGUUGCGCAAGCCGACAGCGCGUUGCCGUCCACCGAGGCUAAGCCGGAGGCUCCAACUUCCACUGUUCAAGCCGCCGUGUUGCCUGCUUCGAUCGGUGCAGACAGCCCGCAGAAAGUCGUUGCUUCUCCCGACCUAACGCAGCCUCUCACGAUCGACCCGAGCGAGCAGCACGCGGAGAUGCUAUUGGCGGCCUCCGAGGUCUCCACCGUAAGUCCCGUGCCCAUCCAGGUCGCAGAGUCGGUUCUUCAGGCGGAACCCAAAGAGUCUGUGUCCGGCGCGGCUGUGAGCGACCAGGCAAUCGCUACAACAGUCACGGCUGUGCACGAGUCCACGAGUGUCGCUCCCGUAGCGACGACAGCGGAGGCUGUUCAAUUGAACGGAUCCGCUUGCGAAGUCAAGAAACCCGGCGACGCCGCGCCAGUUUCGGCAGUGAAGGCUGACGCUCCCGCUGUCGAAUUGACAGAGCAGCCGGCAAGUGACGUGGCUACGAUAAAAGACGCAUCAUCAGAGGCGCCGCUGGUUGCAGAGAAGGUAGAAUCCGGUAGCGGAGAGGUACCUCCGAAAGGAUCGCCCGCAACGGUGGAGAAAUCAGCGGAGCCCGCGAGCACGGCAGCAGUGGAAGUAGCGCAGAUUGCGAAAACGGAGGCAGCAGAAGCGAAACCCGCGGAACAAGUUGCGAAAACGGAAGCAGCAGAAGCGAAACCCGCGGAACAAAUUGCGAAAAUAGAAACGAAGGAAGAGAAAUCUCCCGAGCAGGUUGUGAAAGCUGAAUCAACAGAAGCAAAGCCUAUCGAGCCAGCUAAAGCAACAGAAGCAGCAGCAGCAACGGCGAUAUCGCAGAGUGGAGUACUAGAGUCGCCGAUCGCCGCGCAAGCUCCGCCGACUACGGAAUCUGUUGAAGCGAAAGAGUUGAACAUCCCAUCGACGCCGACCGUGAUCGAGGCCACGCCACCGAUCAGUCCGUUGGCAGAGAGUGCACAGGAAUUGGAGGAGAAGGCUGCGAAGAAGAGUCUGAAGAAGUCAGACUCGGCGGACGGCACGGAAGGGGAGGGAGAGGACAAGAAGGCGAAGAAAACGGUGAAAAAGACGGUGAAGAAGUCGAAGGCGAAGCCGGAAGAAGCGGCAUCCUCAGCCGCCGUCGCGGAGAGCGCUGCGCCCGCGGAAAGUUCGCAGAGCAAGGCGAAGAAGAGCGUGAAAGUCACGAAGAAGACCGGUCUGAAGAGCGGACAGAGUCUGGAGACCGAUACGAGCGUGCCAGAAACACCGCCGCCGCCCUCGCCAGUCAGCACCGCUGCUCCCGACGUGCCGGUUCCGCCCAAGCGGAAAACAAAAGGCAGUACGAGCGGCACCAGCGCGAAAGGACCGACCGGCAAGAAACCUGAGGCGGAAGAGUGAAUGGUUGAUCCGAAUCGACAAUAACGACGCCAAGCAACGCGAAGAUUCGAGGAAAUCAGGAAAAGCGUUCCCUUAAAAAGGAAUCUCCUUUGAAAAAUGGCGUUGGGUGGAAAUACAUCGAAAGUCCGUUCAAUGCUUUAACUCUUUUGAGACUAAGCGUUCUUAGAAGACUGACGUUGAGAAUUAAGCGAGACGAUGCGCUGGAGAUAUAUAGGAGAAAUUAGUUCCUUAUCGUUAGAUUUAUUUCCGCUAAUUGACUAUGUAAUGACAAUCAAAUCAUUGAAUUUAUAUCACAAUACAUCAAUGUAUAACUUCUACGUCAGACACCUUUCCGUGUGUGACAUGUAAUCGCUUUAAUGAUACAAUUAUAUUAUUAAAGUGAUGCAAAUGUUGAAUGACUUCUCCUACCAGAGAACGUUAUAAAAGUUAUUUGCCAAAGUUGCGUUACAAGUUACUCGCGAAAAACUUUUUCCUUUGAGAUUUUGAGAGUUUGAAGCGAGGAGGACACAUGAUUCAUAGCUUCAAAAUACCGUAAGAGAUAAGGAAAACUGUCGCGACACAUAAUGGAAUAUCGUCUCGAAAGAGUUAAAGGAAGCGUGUAGCACUAGAAAAUUACACUUGCUAGUCUGUUACGGUUUUUUGAUACUUUUAAUAUAUCUCGAGAGAGUUUCUAUAUUAUCGUUGAGCUUGAUGCCGCGCUCGUCGGUGGUAUCGAGUGAUAACCGAGAGUUUAAUCGACGCUGCAAUAAAUAAUUCGUGUUUAUACUGCUGCGCGUUACUGCACACUUGCCAUGUUUCUUCUUUUAUUAACUACUAUCGCUGUCGAGACCGAACUGUAGUACUCGCUUCUCGCCUUAUAGUCUGCCUCUGUCUCAUGUCUUACUUCUGUAAUUAUAUCGUUCUCUCAAGCUGACGCUGUUGAGGCGGCGCUUCGCGAAGCGGAGUAUCGGACUUGUCUUACUGCGAGCGAGCAUUUUAUAUCCGUUUAUUUGCUUUAUAGUAUAUCCGAUAGAAUGUAUCGCAAGGAAAAAAAAAGAGAGAAAACUAACUGUGAUUGAUCAGUUCUGUUGAAUCACAUUUGAGAUUUAUACGAGUUGAACGAUGUUAAGCAUCUUUUUAUCGCAUAAAGUAUAGCCGUACGCUUUUUAUGCUAAUCAUGCUCGCGAAAUCACACGGCGAACAGUUUUAUUUAUAUGUGUACUAUAUAUAUAAAUAUGUACAUGCAUCAUAAUGCAUAAAUAUCUUGUCAUCGCGUGUUUAUAUAUAUCGAUCGAGCGAGAACUUAAAUUGACCGCAAGCGUAUACUAAUUUACAGGCGAAUCGAAAAAUUUCACCAAGAAAACGAGAGUUUGCUAAUUUAUUACGCACACGAGAGCAACGUAACGUUGCGGAAACAGCAACUGAGAUGUUACGCAAGAAAUCUUUAGCGGUAACCAUUCAUCUUUUUUGUAUACUCAUAUAUAUUGUUUACUACAUAUUAAAUUAUAUUUUCCAGCGUGUAUUUUUAUUCUGUGUUUGCCGAUAUUUUCAAGAAAUAUACGUCUUUUCUCACGAAUAUAUAUGUAUGGAUACUACACACACACACAGAUAUGUAUGUACAAAUUUCUUACUCUAAUCUAGAUGUAAGCAAGCAAAAUAGUCCUUUCUUUUUUAACGCACGCAUGCACUAAUCUUCAAAGAGAAACACGUAACUCGCUGCAAUACAGCGUAACACAACGAAAGUUUUUUUUUAAUAAUAAUGAAAAAGCUCUAAUUAUAUAAUUUUAUUAUCGAUACUCCAAAGAUGCACCGGUAGUGCAAGAUUUAUAACAAGACUUGUCAACAAUAAAUUAUGUAUCGCCAAUAAGAAAUAUAUUAUUAUUAUUAUUAUUAUCA